CUAAACACUUCACCGCCAAAAUCUCUCUCUCUCGUGUCUCGUCAGCCGGCAAUUCCAGACGGUUUCUUUAGUAUUCAGUGAUAACCUAAUGAGACCUCAUUUCAAUUCGUUUCCCCAUCAACCCCAGCAGAAUGGAUUUCAAUCAAGUUCUGCGGUGGGAAACCAGUGCACUAACAACAUGAACAUGCUUAUGAUGCGACCUCAAAUGGGUAUUUUUAAUAAUAAUAGUACUUCCAGUGUUACGCCAUUGUUAAAUAAUGUUGGAUUCAUGAAUGGAGCUAACCAGCAGUUUCCUACACCAAAUAACAAUAUGGGGUUUCCUCAUUUUGGUCCAAUUUUGCCGAACCCGAAUAAUCUUUCGAUGUUCCAACAACUUCCUGCUCAAUUCAAUAACCCUUUGCACAAUCCAAAUCAGCCAAAUUGGUUGAAUUUCCCCCAACAAAAUAAUAUUGGUUUCACAAAUGGGCAGCAGCAACAACAGCAGCUUUUUCUACAAAAUCAGUUGCAGAAUCUGAGCCAACUUCUAAAUGUUCAACUACCUGAUCUCUCCCAUCUUGUUUCUGGUGGUCAAGCAAUGGAAUGUCUCAAUCCUACUACUACCGUUCAGAAUCAGCAUUUCGGGUUUAUGCAUCCAAACCCGAUGCAGCAGCAUGCUAGUCAGGGUCAGCAAAAUUUAGCCGAUGUUAAUACAUCCAAUUUGUCUUCUGCAGCUGCUUCACAAGUACAAGGAGACCCUUCUUUCAGAAAGCCAAUGAGCGGUCCCUGUAAAAAUGGUCAGAACAUGAACAACUUUUCCGGAAGAAAUGCUAAAAGGGAUUCAAAAUUGGGAUUUCAGAAGUCUAAGUUCCAGCAGCCUGGGUUCCAUCAAGCGGAUAAUGCAAAGAGAUCAUUUGCAUCUUCUAAUGGACAUAAGAAAAAAGGACGGGAUAAUGGGAGGGCAGCUUACUUUCCUCAUUCUGAUUCUGCAAAUCCAGCCAAGGAAAAGAGAAGAUCACUUGCUUUGACUUAUACGGAGCAAGAAAUAAGACAGUGGUGUGAAGAACGUAAGAAGUUCUAUCCGACAAAAGCUAACAUAAAGAAGCAGAAACUGAGUAGAAAAGUAGCAGACACCGAGGUUGCCAAAUUACGUAGUGAGCAACUUAAGGAGAUUUUGGCAAAGCAAGCUGAGCUAGGAGUCGAAGUUGCAGAAAUUCCAUCACAUUAUCUGAUAGGUUCGGAGAAAAAGGUGGAUGGAAGGGAAGAAAACCACAGGCUGUCAACCAAGAGGGGAAGAUUUGGAACGAGGAAUGAUAAAAGAGGGAAACUGUAUAAGAGGGACCGUUUUUCCAAGAAACGGCCACCAACAGAGGAGUCAUUUGAUGGCUCUUCUUUCAACAAGAGGAGUCCGACUCUUCUGCAGAAGCUUCUUAGUGCUGAUAUAAGGAAAGAUAAAAGCCGGUUGUUGCUGGUUUUCCGAUUCAUGGUUAUGAAUUCUUUCUUUAAGGAUUGGCCUGAGAAGCCGUUGAAAUUUCCUGUCGUGGUUGUUAAAGAUGGUGCGUCCGAGGGUGAUAUCAUUGACGAGAAACCUUUGCUUGGUGAGGAAGAUAAUAAUGAAAUCUACAACAUAAUGACCCAAAGUCUUGUUGACGUCGCUGGUGAUUAUGAUAUCAAGAACAACAACAAUGAUGAUGAAGAUGGAAAAACAUGACACAAAAGUUGACCAAGCGGCUUUUUAUGUUCAGGAGAAACAAGCGAAAAUUGUGAGGAAUGCCGAAGAAGAGGAAGAAAUCAUCGACUAGGUCACUUCUCUUCCCUGCAAACACCCCCACAUCCGCCUCCUCUAGAUGCUGCUCCCUUUAGUCAUGUUUGUGCAUGAUAGCAUAUCAUAGCUUAGCUUAGCAUAUUUUGUGUAUAAUUUCGAAACGACCUUAAACAACUGAAGGGAGUGGACAUUUUUGCAUACUCUGGUGCUCAAUGUCCUUUUUGUAAUUUAGCUUUUAAUUAAAUGUUA